AGUCAUGUAGCAAAACAUUAUAAUGAACUAAGAGAAGAAGGCAUCGAUGCACGUUAUGAAAGCCGCAUAUUCUUCCUUAGGAAUUUUAACAACUGGGUUAAAAGUAUGCUAAUAGGGGAUAUAAUAGAAAGGAUAAAAAAACAAAAUUUAAUUGAGAAUAAAAGAACAAUUAAGGUAUUGGACAUGGCUUGUGGGAAAGGUGGUGAUAUUAAAAAGUGGAUGCAGGGGGAUGUCAGUUACAUAGUCUUUACAGAUAUUGCUGGUAUAUCUGUCGAACAAUGUCGUAAGCGAUAUGAGGAUACAAAGAAUUCAUCCAAAACAGUUAACUUCUUUGGCGCUGAAUUCAUUACUGCUGACUCUGCUCAGCAAAGGCUGAAAGACCUUUAUAAAGACAGCAAUAUCAAGUUUGAUGUUACUAGUUGCCAGUUCGCAUUUCAUUAUUCCUUCGAAAGUCAAGAAAAAGCAGAACUCAUGUUACAAAAUGCUUGCGAAUGUUUAAGACCCGGCGGAUAUUUUAUAGGAACAACACCGAAUGCUUAUGAAAUAGUUAGGAGAGCGAGAGAAUCCGAAACUGGACUUCAAUUUGGUAAUAGUGUAUAUAAUAUUAAAUUUGAUCAAGAGCACUUUAUGAAGUUGUUUGGAGGAAAAUAUGAUUUCGCAUUAGAAGGUGUAGUUGACUGUCCGGAAUUUCUAGUCUAUAUGCCAUUAUUGAAAAAGAUGGCUGAAAAGUACAAUAUGGAGCUUGUUUAUUGCAAAACAUUUGGGGAAGUUUUUGAUGAAUAUUCCCUUAAGGCAGAAAAUCGAGAUUUAUUAUUUAGGAUGAAAGCUUUAGAGGUAGUUUUUACUUUAUUUGCAAUAGAAAAAUUUUUAUUCUUCAGGUAG